CGAUUACGUUUUUUUCGUCACAGUGCGCAAAUGCGCAUCCAGGAAUGUGGACCUGAGGCGGAUAGCGGUAAAAGCAACACGAGCAAGCUGGGAAACGACACGUUUGGGCGGAAGAGAAAACAGCGCUUCAGAGGGAAGACUCAACCCAGCGAGAAGCUCUGGGACACGGCAGCAACCAUGGUUGGCGAGCGCCGGAAUGGGAACCUGCUGGUCCAGCUGGGCCCGCGGCUGCAGGCAUAUCCUGAGGAGCUGAUUCGCCAACGCCGCACCCAUGAUGGCCAGACGGAGUACCUGAUUCGCUGGUGCCUUGACAUCGACGACGGCUCCAGCUCGGGGAGUGGAGCCAGCGAGACAGGCGUGGCGGGCGGCAGUUCCGGCGUGGGCGGGUCGGGCAGCUCGUCGUCCGGAGAAACCAAACCGGAGAACAUCCUGAUGUGGAUGUCCACGGAGGACGUCUACGCCAACUGCCCCACCCUGCUGGGCAAGAGGAAGACGGACUCACAGCGCCCCCUGCAGCCACAGGAGACGCAGCGCGGUGCUGACGCGGCCGACGGAGAGCUCCCGGCUGACGUCACGUUCGACGAGGUGGAGCUGUCGGACAUGAAGGAGGACGUGAAGAACCUGGUAUGUCGUGCCAGGAAGCAGAUGGCCAAGAAGAGCGAUUUCUCCAUCAACAUCAUGCACACCAUCCACGUCCUCAGCGCCUAUGCCUCCAUCGGGUCGCUGGUCGGCGUCUUCAAGGAGACCGGAGCCCUCAACCUGCUCAUGGAGCUGCUCUGCAAGGAGACCCAGACCAGGCGCAGCGCCGGAAAGAUGCUGCGGGCGCUCGCAUCACACGACGCAGGUAGUCGGGCCUACGUGUUGCUGUCUCUCAGCCAGCAGGACGGCAUCGAGCAGCACAUGGACUUUGAUAAUCGCUACACUCUGCUGGAGCUGUUCGCUGAAACCACGUCUUCAGAGGAACAUGGCAUCUCCUUUGAGGGGAUCCACCUACCUCAGAUUCCCGGGAAGCUGCUGUUCUCUCUGGUGAAGCGCUACCUGUGCGUCACGUCUCUGAUGGACAAACUCAACACAGCGGGGGCGGAGUCAAGCUCUGACAGACAGGAUGCCAGCCCCUCCCCUGCCUCCUCCAGCUCCGCCCACCAGGCCGAGCACCUGCGCGUCCAGCGGGAGUUUGACUUCACUAUGGCGAUGGCCAACCUGAUCUCGGAGCUGGUCCGGGUGAUGGGCUGGGACCGGAACCGCCAGCCACCCGACAGCUCCACCCACCAAUCGGCAGGGGGCGGGGUUAGUGGGGAGGAGCAAGAGGAGGAGUCCCGGCCUGUCCUCAGGUCCAUCUUCCAGCCUCGGUUCUGUGCCUCGCCUGUCGCCCUUGCUGUUAGCUCGGCCGUGGCAGCGCCGGCCUCCACGCCACCAAAGAAGAAGACAGGAAACGGGUUCAAGACGCGGUCGGACUUUGCCAGCCGCUCAGCCUACGUGGAGUAUGUCCAGGACAACCUGAAGAGCGGCAUGAUGGUCCGCAUGCUGGAGGACUACGAGGAGGUCAGCGCCGGGGACGAGGGAGAGUUCCGCUACAGCAACGACGGAUCCCCACCUGUCCAGGUCUACUGGAACUCCCUGUCCAGAACCUACUGGGUCCACUGGCACAUGGUGGAGAUCCUGGGCAGCGGCAGCAGCAGCCAGGCUGAGAAGGAGACGCAGGAGAAGGCGUCGUCGCUGACGGAGACGCUCAAACUCACCGCAGUGAGCCAGACGUUCUUCUCAAAGCCUCCCGGUGGACUCUACUCCCUGCCUUACCUGUCCGAGAGGCUGCAGGUGGAGCCAGCAACGCUGAGCAGAGCCGAGUGGUGGGAGGUCCUCUUCUUCAUCAAGAAACUGGAGCCCAAGCAGCAGCAGGAGGUCAACGGCAUCCUGCUGCAGAACCUGGAUGACCAGGAGGCGGAGCUUGACGACUCGUCUCUGAUUGGUCUGUGCGUCCCCGGCGAUGUGGCAAAGAAACUCCUCCACUACCUGAAGCAGAAGCUGCCGUCGUCGUGCCUCAGUGACCUGCUCUGCUCCCACUCCUUCAUCAAGCACUACCUGAGGAGAGGAGGAGGCAGCCUGGAGGACGAGGAGCUGCUGGCCCCAGGCUCUCUGGGAACGGGAGCUCAGAGCUUCUCCUCGUCGUCCUCGGCCUCCACCUCCUCGUCCUCGGCCAUGGGCUCCGUCUCCAAGAAGGCCAAGAAGGAGCCUCCGCUGGACUCGGAGACGGACAGCGAGCUGCCGACGGAGGACGACAGCAGAUACCCUGACGACCUGGAGGACAAGAUGAAAGUGUUCAACAACCCGCGGGUUCAGGGGAAGAAGACGGUUCUGGAGAAGCUGGGCGAGGUGGUGGACAUCCUGAAGAAAGCAGGUUCGGACCAGAACCAACAGCUGGCUGCCGUCCUGUUCAUCACCAGGCUGCUGGAGGAGAAAGGAGUUCAGGAGAAGAACUCCAUGAGGAGCGACUCGGCCCAGACUAUACGGGAUAAGGUUCUGAAGCUGCUGGUGGAGCUGCUUGGCUCCGCCUCCAGAGACGUGGUUGUGAGCACGCUCAGACUGACCCAUCUGCUGAUGCUGAAGUAUGAGUGGAGGGUUUCCUUCGCCACGGAGGGCGGAGUCAAAGCCGUGCUGUCCUGUAUGCAGGAGUUCUCGUCUGUGACUCACGUGCAGCAGCUGGCGCUGGCGACUCUGAAGGUCAUCACCGGCGCCAGCAAACAUGACCUGCGCAGCGUCGGCAGCAGCCCGCCGCUGUCCGAGUCUGGUACCCAGAUGAUGCUGGAGAUCUUCGCCAGCAUCGGGUCGGCUACGCCUGAAGGCUCCAGAGGGCUGCUGGCCGCCAUUCCUGCUGCCAUCGAGCUAAUGUUGAAGACCAAAGGCUGCAGGCUGUCGGUGCGUAAUGGACUGCUGGUCAUCAUAAUGCUCAUCUCCAGCCAUAAGAGUCUGGCUGAGCAACUGGUGGCCUGUGAUGUCACGGCCGUCCUGAAGAAGUGUCUGACGCUGUCCAGAGCUGAGACCAUGCUGGCCAUCAUCGCCCUCAACCACAUCUCCAUGGUGCACAAGCUGGACAGCAAAGAGUGUCGUGAGCAGCUGGACUUCAAGGACACGGAGCUCCAGAUGUUAGUGGUCAGUCUGAAAGAACUGACGUCCACCAAGGAGGUGAUUCAGACUCUGGAGCAGCUGCUGUGUGAUGAAGCUCUGCAGCUGGAAGAGGAACGCAACCAGGUGACCAGCAGUCGGGACACCUACCAGGACCUGGUGCGUCUGAUGGAGCAGCACCGAGCCGACCGGGCCGCCCAGCUAUCCAUCCUCAGGAUCCUGAACAAGUUCCUGGACAACUAUCAGGAGGAUGUGCUGCCGUGGCACGAGAGCAUCGAGCCCUGCCUGUCCUCCAUGACGGCCUUCAUCAACGACCGAGAGGUGGUGCAACUGUUCAUCCGCUUCCUGUACCGGCUGGCGUCGCUGAACAAGGACUACGCCGUGGUGAUGUGUCGGCUCGGCACCAAGGAGGCUCUGGUGAAGGCUCUGGACAAACACAGCACCAACCUGCUGCUGGUCACCGAGCUCCGAGACCUCAUCACAGACUGCGAGAAGUACGCCAGCCUCUACAAGAAGAUGACCACCAGCGUCCUAGCAGGCUGCAUCCAGAUGGUGCUGGGUCAGAUCGAGGAGCAUCGUCGCAGCCAUCAGCCAAUCAACAUCCCCUUCUUCGACGUGUUCCUCAGGAACCUGUGUCAAGGAUCCAGUGUGGAGCUGAAGGAGGACAAAUGCUGGGAGAAGGUGGAGGUCUCGUCCAAUCACCAUCGAGCCAACAAACUGACCGACAAGAACCCCAAAACGUACUGGGAGUCCAACGGCUGCACCGGGUCGCACUUUAUCAACAUCUACAUGCACAAAGGGGUCGUCAUCAGACAACUUGCCAUCCUGGUGGCCAGUGAGGACUCGAGCUAUAUGCCCGCCCGGAUCCUGGUUCUGGGAGGAGAUGACCCGACCAACAUCAACACGGAGCUGAACACGGUGAACGUGACUCCGUCAGCCAGCCGAGUGGUUCUAUUGGAGAACAUGACCAGGUUCUGGUCCAUCAUACAGAUCCGGAUUAAGAGAUGCCAGCAGGGUGGCAUCGACACCCGGGUCCACGGCUUCGAGGUUCUGGGUCCGAAGCCGACGUUCUGGCCCGUGUUCAAGGAGCAGCUGUGCUGUCGGACCUACCUGUUCUACAGCACCAAGGCCCACACCUGGUGCCAGGAGGUGAUGGAGGACAAGACACAGCUGCUGCAGCUCUUCAACAAACUGAACAGCGCUCUCAGACAUGAGCAGAUGUUUGCUGAUCGAUUUCUUCCGGAUGCUGAAGCAGCUGAAGCUCUGGGACGAACCUGCUGGGAAGCUCUGAUCACACCUAUAGUCCACAGCAUCACACACACAGAAUCCUCAGCAUUCAGCCCGUUGUCAUGGCUACUCAGCGAGUACCUGGAUAACGCCGAGUCGGCUCGCCGCUGUAAGAGCAGGGCGGCCAUCUUUAACUCCAGAGUGCGGCGGUUGACUCACCUGUUGGUCCAUGUGGACACGAGUCACAGCGAGGGGGAGGAGCUUAAGCCUCCCGUCAAGUCCAAAGGUCUCAACAGAAGCAAAGAGCUGAAGAAUGGUAAAGAAGGAAAGAACAAAGACUCCAGCGCGGCUUCCUCCUCCACCUCCUCUUCUUCAGCCAAACCCAAAGUGAAGAACAGCAGCAGCAUCGCAGGCAUCGCCCUCUGCUGGCAGGGAGUGGUACAGCGACAGGUGAAGAAAUUCCUGGAGUCAAGCUGCAGCCUGCCGGACUUCGUGGAACGUUAUCGAACGCUGUACCUGCGGCUGAAGAACGCCAUGGAGGAGCUGUUCGGACAGCAAACCGCCUUCGUCCUCGCUCUGCGACACGGAUUCUCUGCUGCGCUGCUGCAGCUGUCCAUCCUCAGAGCCAUGCAUGUGAGUGAGCGUUUUGCUCAGUACAUCGAUCAGAUGAUCCAGGCCAGUGGAGCGGCGUCCGGCAGCGUUGAGACUCUGGAGCGGCUGCAGCAGUUUCUGGAGCCGAUGCUCUUCCUGUCGGGCCUAGAGCUCGCCAACACCUUCGAGCAUUUCUACAGAUACUACCUGGGCGACCGGCUGCUGGCUCAGGGGAAUGUCUGGCUGGAGAGCGCCGUCAUCGACCAGAUCGGUAGCUGCUUCCCGAGCCGCUUCCCUCAGCAGAUGAUGAAGAACCUGAGCGAGUCGGCCGAGCUGCAGCAGGAGUUCCACCUGUAUCGGCUGCAGCAGCUGGACCGGCGUCUGCAGGAGCACGACCAGAUGAUGGAGGACGAGUGGACGGAGUCAGAGGACGAGGCUGAGGUCCAGGUUCUGGUUUUGUCUCCACGCUGUUGGGCCGUCUCCUCCCUUUGCUUCCUGGACGAACCAGCAAAACACUUCCCAUCAGAACUCUGCUCCUACCUGAACCAGUUCACCCAGUUCUACACCCACAGUCAGUCCAUGUAUGGUCUGAGUCACUCCAAGCCUCGGCGGCUGCAGUGGACGUGGCUCGGACACGCUGAGCUACAGUUUGGCUGCUGGACGCUACACGUCUCAACACUGCAGAUGUUCAUCCUGCUGCAGUUCAACAACUGCCAGGAGGUGUGUGUAGAGUCUCUGCUGCAGGUGACGGGUCUGUCGGCUGCCGUUCUGCUUCACGCUCUGCAGCCUCUGAUCAGUGAUGGCGGCCCGCUGACCUGCAACCCUCCAGAAGAUCCUGGUCACGGUGUGCUGCGUCUGAACCAGCAGGUGGUGUCCGUCAGUGAGGACGGUGCCCCAGCGUCCGUCCAGCUGCUGCCCAGACAGACGUACCUGAACGUGGACGAGGACGCAGCAGGAACUCUGGAGAGGAAGAGGAACUACAUCUACUGCCUUAUCGUUCACAUCAUGAAGCAGGAGAAGGAGAUGCACAUCGACAACCUGGUCUUCAAGGUUCUGGACUCGUGUCAGAAGCAGGAAGCGUCGCGGUCUCCAGGCGGAGGCAGUUUCAGCUGCAGCACCGGCGACGUUCUGUCCUGCAUCAUGCACGUCAUCAGCAAAGGCUGCAUCCGCCGCAACGAGGAGAACCCUCACAUCGUGGAGUUCCUCCCCGAGGACCCGUCCACGCCGCAGAAAGGCCAGGCUCAGUUCUCCUUCAGCCGGGCCGACAUCCAGAAGGACGCCGCUGACAGCCGGGCCGACAUCAGUCUGGUUCCGGCACCACGGAGCUUCGAGGACGGAGUUCUGGACGCCGUCCUGUUCUCCAUGGGACGGACGAUGACGCAGGAGGAGGUCCGGCAGCUGAUGCAGAGGACGGUCCAACAGGUUUCAGGGACUCUCAGUCUGGACCUUGACCGGGCCGAACACCUGCUGGUCCACUGCAGGUGGAACGUGGACCUGCUGGUUCAGCGCUACACUGAUGACCCUGAUGCCCUCAUCAUGGCUGCCGGCCUCAAAUGUCGGAACCCCCAGCCUCCUCCCAGCCCUGCCUCCACCUGCCCUGUCUGCCUCGGGCCCAGAACCGGAACCAUGGAACCGGUUCUGUCUCUGAGCUGCAUGCACUACUGUUGCCGGUCGUGCUGGCAGGAGUACCUGACGGCGAGGAUCGAGCAGAACCUGGUGAUGAGCUGUAACUGUCCAAUCACAGACUGCCAGGCUCAGCCCACCUCACGCUUCUUCCUCAGCAUCCUGACCGACAAGGACAUCGUCGCCAAGUACGAGAACGCGCUGCUGCGAGGCUACGUGGAGUGCUGCUCCAACCUCACCUGGUGCACUAACCCCCAGGGCUGCGACCAGAUCCUCUGCAAGGAGAACGUGGGCUCCAUGGGAACCUGCUCCCGCUGCUGCUGGUCCUCCUGCUUCAGUUGCAACUUCCCAGAGGCCCACUACCCCUCCAGCUGCAGCCACAUGUCCCAGUGGAUGGAUGAUGGGGGCUACUAUGAGGGGAUGAGCAUGGAGGCUCAGAGCAAACAUCUGGCCAAGCUCAUCUCCAAACGCUGCCCCAGCUGCCAGGCCCAGAUCGAGAAGAACGAAGGCUGUCUGCAUAUGACCUGUGCCAAGUGUAACCACGGUUUCUGCUGGCGGUGUCUGAAACCAUGGAAACCAACACACAAAGAUUACUACAACUGCUCCGCCAUGGUGAGUAAAGCAGCGCGGCAGGAGAAGAAGUUCCAGGAUUACAACGAGAGGUGCACCUUCCACCACCAGGCCAAGGAUUUCGCCAUCAACCUGGAGAACAAGGUGUCGUCCAUAAAUGAAGCUCUGCAGAUGAAGUCUCUGACCUUCGUCAUCGACGCCUGUAAAGUCCUCGCUCAGGCUCGGAAGGUGCUGGCCUACUCCUGCGUCUACAGCUACUACAACCAGGAGACGGAGAAGAUGGAUGUGAUGGAGCAGCAGACGGAGGCUCUGGACCUGCACACCAACGCACUGCAGAUCCUGCUGGAGGAGACGCUGUUGCAGUGUACCGACCUGGCCUCCUGCGUCCGGCUGCUGAAACCAGAACACCUGAACACCGGACUGGAGCUGAUCCGACGCAUCCAGGAGCGUCUGCUGGCUAUCCUGCAGCACUCCACACAGGAUUUCAGAGUUGGGUAUCAGUCGAAGAGCAGCCAGGAGGCAGAGUCUCCACAGGCGUCCAACCUGUCCAACCACACCGACGCCAACAAAGUGUCCAAGUCGGACCGGGCAUCGGACUCCGGGGACUCGGACAACAACAACUACACGGGGGAGGAGGGCGGCGAGGAGGCGGAGGACGAGGACGACGAGUACGACGAGGAGUACGUCCCCGAGUGGCACGAGGACUACGACGAGGACGACAUCGACGAGGACGACUUCUUCUCUGACGACGACGAGUCCGAGAACCUGGAGCGGGACUUCAGCCCCUUCGACUGAGCCGAGCCAGCGCCUCCACCGGUCGGGGAGGACGACCUCCUCCUUGCCUCACCUGCUUCCGUCUGAGGACAACGAGGACGACGGAGACGGUCACGGCGACGUCCUCCUGAAGUCCCCGAACACAGCUGCACUCGCUUCACUUCUGUAAUCAACUUCUGUUUCCUCUGAGUCCAGGUACGGGAGUGCACGAGGGACAAGCUGCUCUGAGAUUCAAACUUCAGUCCUGAGAAAAACACAACAAAUUUAGUCUUUAAAACACAACAAGAAACGAUUAGUUCAGUUUUUAUGUUUAUUCACUGGAACCAGUCUGAAACUACAGUUAUACCAUCGUACAAAAACAAAAAUAUUUUUUUAGAAGGUUUGACUUGUUUAAGACCAGUUUGAACCAGUUUAAACCGGUUUGAACCUGUCUGAAUGAGCCUGAAGCUGAUUUAAACCUCAUUAACACUUCAGAAAUUUAAGUUAAGAUUAAAACUGUCAGAAAAUAAAAUUAAUUUUGUUCUGAAACUGGUUUCAAAUCAUAAAGAACAGGAUGCUAAUGAUAGCACUUGAAACCAGUUUAAACCAGAUUUAGUUCAGUCUGAAACUAGAUUAAUCCAGUUUAAAGCGGACUGAAAAACAGUCCUUUCUCAUUUCCGGAUUUCUUUUUCUCCAGGUUUGAUCUCAGAGCAGUUUUUUAGCGUCUCUUCCGUACCGACCCGCCUGGACUCGGUUCUGGUUCUUUUUGAGCGGACAUUUGUUGCUUUGUGAUGAUUCACGGAACAAAAUGUGUUUGUUUGCUGCUUGUUGGGUUUCAGUGACGGACUCCAGAGCUGGACUGCAGGUCCAGCUCUGUCCAUGUUCUGCUGUAGAACCUUUAGUUCUUCACGUUCUGCCUUGGUUCUGUUCUGAUGGAGGCUGCCUUCAUUUAAACACUCGUGUAGAUUUUCUGGCUGAGUUUUUUACGAGUUGCAGGAUGUUUCUAUGCAUCUGGAACGUGUCGAUCGGCCUCCGAAGUAUCACUGCAAUAACCGAAGACUGCGAGCUGUUGCGUCUCAGAAGAACAAGUUCGGACCAGAUUCCAGAACUUCUUCUGAGGUUCCAGCUCCCUGUUUUGCUGUAAUUUUGAGAGAUCCUAUAUUCAUAUUGUUGAUGUUCUAUAAAGUUCUUUCUGGUUUCUUUGCUGGAGUCGAGCGACUUCAGCCGGCAAAACUAAAUAAAAGCUUUUUCUGCUA